CUAUGCGACCUCUAUUCAGAAUUCAGACUGCCGACUCCAUCUGUUGGAGUUGUUGCUUCAAACAGUAACACAUAACAGCUGGGGUGGCCUGCGCAAAAUUCCAAUGGGUCCUGAGAUGCAUGUGUCAUCUUGGAUUCCUUGCGAGUGAAUCGAAAAUUGAGAGCAAGACGGCCGUUUGCCAAAGGCGGCACUCGGUUGGACGAGAGUGAACCCCAUUUGGGGCUUGCUGAGCGGCAACCAGAGAAGAACACGUCAAAAAGAUCGCGUCUUUCAGCUGCGCCCGGUCGCCGGCAGGCAGGGCAGGGCAGGGCCCCCGUCGUUUUGAUUGAUUCGGCAAGGCUCGCGAUGCAUCGAACAGCUGCGCACGUCGCGCCAUUCCGAAUUCUAAUUUUAAAAGGAGAAUCUGGCCACUCGCGAGCCACGACUCACGUCGACGGCGACGACUUGGCGCGCGAACCAGCAACAGCGGAGAGAGAACGAGCCGGCCGGUGCGUCUGUUGGCUGCGCCGCCGGUGACCCGCCGGGCGGCGGUGAUGGGCACGGCGUCGGUGCACAAGAGCUGGCGCAAGGCGUGCGGCGCCAUCAAGGACUCCGCCACCGUCGGGCUCGCCAAGGUGAACAGCGGCGGCCGCGAGCGCAAGGACCUUGAUGUCGCGGUGGUCAAGGCCACCACCCACGUCGAGCGACCGCCCAAGGAGCGACACCUCGCCGCGAUCUUCGCCGCCACGUCCUCCUCCCGCCCGCUCGCCGACGUCUCCUACUGCGUCCACGCGCUCGCCAGGCGCCUAUCCAAGACGCACAACUGGGUGGUUGCUCUGAAGACGCUGAUAGUGAUCCACCUGACGCUGCGCGACGGCGACGCCGCGUUCAGGGAGGAGCUGCUCAGCUACCGGCGCAACGGCCACGCUCUGCAGAUGUCCAACUUCAAGGACGACUCCAGCCCACUAGCAUGGGACUGCUCCGCGUGGGUGCGCACGUACGCGCUGUAUCUCGAGGAGCGGCUUGAAUGUUUCAGAGUUCUGAGAUAUGAUAUUGAGUCAGAGCGGUUGAGACCUGCAGAGGGAAACCCCAAGGGUCAAAGUAGAACAAGGAGCUUAGGUAAGGAUGAUCUCUUAGAUCAGUUGCCUGCAUUGCAGCAGCUGCUCUUCCGGCUUGUAGGCUGCCAGCCAGAAGGAGCAGCUUUUGGAAACUACCUCAUACAGUAUGCCUUGGCCCUGGUGUUGAAGGAAAGCUUCAAGAUUUACUGUGCAGUCAAUGAUGGGAUCAUUAACGUAGUGGAUGUGUUUUUUGAUAUGACAAAACUAGAUGCGAUCAAAGCUCUGGACAUCUAUAGAAGAACAGGAAAUCUGGCAAAAUGUCUUUCUGACUUCUACAAGCUCUGCAGAGGUUUGGAACUAGCAAGGAACUUCCAGUUUCCAGUUCUGAGAGAGCCACCAUCAGCGUUUCUAGGAACAAUGGAAGAGUACAUCAGAGAAGCCCCUAGAACUGCUCCUGUGCCAAAUAAGGCCAUAGAAUAUCGGCAGCUAGAUUUCGUUCCUUACCAGGAAGAAGAACAAUCCCCUCAACCGAUGCUCGAGGCGUUUGAAGAACCUGUUGCGGAGGAAGUUCUUCCUGAGCCUGAAGAAGAGCCUCAGUUUGCAUCUGAGGAUGAUGAUGAGCCUGAAAUUCCUAUAACUGCCGAUUUACUGGGCCUACAUGAAGUGAUCCCUGCUGCUGCUGAACUUGAAGAGAGCAAUGCGCUGGCUCUGGCCAUAGUACCACCAGGUGGUUCCAACACAUCUGCAAUCGGCUUCAGUGAGAUAACAGGAUCAUCAGGUUGGGAGCUAGCUUUGGUCACAGCACAGCCCAGCAGCAGCAGCAAUCAACUGACACAGAACAAAUUGAUCGGGGGCUUCGACAAGCUGCUGCUUGAUAGCUUGUACGAGGAUGCCGCAAGGAGGAAGCAGGCAACCACAGAUGCCUAUGGAAAUGGGCACAUCUCUCACCAGAACGAUCCGUUCGCCAUGUCCAACGGUGUCGCGCCACCGACCAGUGUGCAGAUGUCGAUGAUGGCGCAGCAACAAGCAUUGUUAGGAAUGCCACAGCAAUUUCAGGCUCAGUAUUGUGCUGCUUCUCAGUUCAAUCCUUUUGGUGAUGAGUACUCUGCGUUGUCAUCCCAGGGUGCCCCUCUCCAUGGAAGCAGCAGCUUGAUCUGACGUGAUCUCAGUACAAGUAGCACAGCUCAGACGUGAUAAUCUGAUAAUUUCUUUUGAAAUGAUCCAGUUCUUUUUUUUCUAGAUGUUUGCACAUCAUCAUGCUUCAGCUGUGUGCUGGUUAGAGCUCUAUGAACUGCAUUCUUUUUGUUUUGUUUGCCCAGUAGUUAACUAUGACUCUGGAUGGUUGAAAAUUGAAAUGCAUCUGUGUUUCUCAUGA